AUGGAUCAAAAUGGACCCUCGGUCCAGGUCGUCAUCAAUGGCCAGUCGCACUCACAGUCGGCUUAUGCCUCAAAUAUGUCGCUGCAAGACCGCUCGCGGCCGCUGUCCGUGGAUGAGGCACUGCAGUACUCUGCCAUGUCCAGCGCUCCGGUGUUUGGCUUAGACUGUGUAAUACGCCCUGAUGUCGGCCGUCCUUCUACCACUUCUUCAAUAAACCAUGUCCUCCAAGCGGGUCGCAAUACGCUGAACGAGCUCAACGCGGAAAUACAAUCCGGGCAAGACGAAUCAAGUCGUCUGGAGACGUCCCGUGAAUACCUUCAGCAGUUGCUAGACGGCGACCAGCUAACUGAGUUCAAAUUCCGGCUUCCUCCAUCCCUCAAAACGAACCAACAGCCUUCCAAAUUUGCCCCCAAUGGUUCGUCGCCUGGUCACGAUUUGCUUGGCUCUUUCGCAAAAAUGAUGCUUGACUCGACCGAUAUUGCCUUUCGUUAUCCGGAAACGACACCAGUGAAGAUCAAGACAGAACGGAAGGAACCCGCAAAGAAACCUCUCGUAGUUGUGCAGCAGAACCAGCAGGCUUUCGCUGCGAACAACGCUGUAACAGCACCUCUUCUACCGCAGCAGCCUCAGCCAGUUCAAUCAUCUCAGCCACUUCGAUCUCGUCAACCUUCUCAACCCUCUCCGUUACCUCAACCGUCACAAUUGCCUCAAAUUCCUCAAAUAGCACAACAGCCACAGCCGCCUCAAUCGUCCCACAGCCAGUUUUCUAUUGUAAUUCCGACGAAGCCUACUCCACAAAAGCAAAACUCGCGACAACAAGAACCGAUGAGCAUGGGGAGGCCGCAAGUGGUGAUAAACAAUGAGGAUGAGGUAACCACCUCAAUGAUGGGAAUGAGAGACCAAAAAGCAGAAGCAGAUGAUGCUUUACUUAGACUUCAAGAUCUCCUCCACGAAAUCUUCCAGGCUGAGGAUCAGAUCGAACCUGAACAACAGAUCAUUGCUACGCCUGACAAGCCAAGUCCACUUUUCGUCAGUGCACAGUCUCUGCAAGUACACGGUGCGCUCUUGUCAUCUGAUGCGCAUACCCGUUUGCAAAAAGCCAUUAGGAAGGUGGUGGGGUUUGAAAGGCUACAAGACAUUCCCUCGGACUAUCUUACCAGAAUCCAGAAGCUCUGUGAGAAAUCCAUCCUAGCGUCGCAAGGUCCUGACCUCAGCUUACAUGAUGCGACGAAUGAAAAUGAAACCCACGAAUGGCUUGCCAAGGUCGAGGAUGUGCUCAACUCUCUUCUCGCAAUUGGAACGCUUCUACAGACAAUGUCGGGGCGUCGGACAGAGCGGGAUCUCUGCCCUGAAGACCUAAUCGAGGCAAUACCGACCGUCUUGAACCAGGUCUUUGAUCACUGCAUUAUUCCUGCUGUGGAGUCUCGUUCCGGAGGGAAAGACGCUGAUAAAUUCUCAUUCUUUUCGUCUUCCAGGCGCAUGAUCGGAAGUUUGAUCCAUCAAAGCAAAAAGGUCUUAGCUCUAUUUGCAGAUUUUCUUUCUCGUAUUGAGGUUUCCGAGGGGACAAUCACAGCAGCAUUAUUUUUCUCUUCCAAGUUGAUCUUCGUCGAAAAUGCACAUAAUGAUAAGGACUCGGCCGUGGGGUAUCAGAAGUAUGAGCCUGCAAGACGAGCUGCGAUGGAUGUCCUUGCCAAGAUUUUCUCCAAAUAUCCCGAACAACGGCCUUUCAUUCUGGAUGAAAUUCCGGUCUCGCUUGAAAAACUUCCCUCAACUCGCCAAAGUGCCCGGCAGUUCAAGCUUGCUGAUGGGAAAAGUAUCCAACUUCUCACAGCACUGGUUCUCCAACUUGUGCAAACGACCGCCCUAGAAACGCCAUCGCGAUCUUCCAAGUCAAAGCGUCGUUUGCAAACCGACCCGGACGAAGACGAAUUGAUGGGGGAUGCUGACGAUAACAAAAAUUUCAACUCGGAUGAGGAAGAUGAAUUGGACGAGUCGUUGGAGCGCCUAGCAGCGAAGGUAAACCGACUUUAUGACAAUGCGAUGCGCAGCGCGCAGUAUAUCGUCAAAUUCAUCGUUCAAAGAGCUAUGACUUCUACCAAAAGCGGGGAACAGCCUUUCCGGAAUAUUCUUGACCUGUUCACUGAGGAUCUGAUUAAUGUCCUUGGUUCCACCGACUGGCCUGCCUCUGAACUGCUUCUUCGGAUAAUGGCAUCUCAAAUGGUUGGGAUUGCAGACCUCGACAAGAGCCCUGCGACAGCAAAAAGUAUGGCAUUGGAGCUUUUAGGAUGGAUGGGUUCUGCCAUCUCGGAUUUAAUCGCAACUGCCCAACACAUGCUACCUGCACUGGAAGAUUCCGAUAACGAGCUCACCGAUUAUUUGAAACAGCAGUUUGAGGACUUUCUAUCCCGUGCGCUGCACCCACAAGAUUUGGUCGCGCCACGAGGCCCCUACCGAAUGGCUUUGGAGUAUCUGUCACAGGACAGAAACUCUGAGAACUGGCAGAUGACGAGUGCGCGAGGCUUCUAUCUUGCUCAAUGGGCGAAGACCGUCUGCACGCUUUACUACAACUCCGAAGACAGAGAUGCAGUGACGACUGAUGACAUGGCUGACGAGCUGGUGGUCCUUCUAUCGAGGUCUUUUUCCGAUCCUCAUUGGCUAGAAAGUCAUAUACAAUUUAACUACAUGUCGAACGUUCAUGGUCGUUUUGCCUACGUCCUGACGGUUUUAAACUCCAGCUUUGGAAAGGCGUUCGACACAAUCCUCAAAGUACUUUUGAACUCUAUUGCCAGUGACCAGGCAAAGGUUCGUAGUCGCAGUUUGAAGAGCGUCAUAUACAUGCUUGAGAAGGAUUCAAAUCUGCUGGACAGAGAUGCUUCGGUUAUGCGUGUGAUUCUUCGGUGCACUACAGACGCAUCGCCGAUGGUGCGAGACUCGGCGCUCUCACUGAUCGCCAAAUGUAUUGUGCUGAAGCCGAAGCUAGAAGAGGAGGGAUGCCGCAGCAUCCUGGCUUGUGCAAGUGAUCAAACUGCUGGUGUGCGCAAACGUUGCAUCGGCCUACUCAAGGAAAUAUACCACACGACAUCACGACUAGAACUGAAACUUGCUAUCCUUGACAGUUUUCUUCAGCGAACUGGUGAUCUGGAAGAAAGUGUGGCUACGCUGGCUCGUCAAACGUUUGAAGAGAUCUGGCUCGUUCCAUUCCACGAUUCUAUUGAUUCGACAACCGAUGCGCCGAAACUCAAGGUGGCGUUAGGUGAGCAGGUUGGCCUGAUUAUCAGCCUCGUCCAGCGCAGUGAUGCUGCGUUGGAGUCUUUAAGCACCUGUCUCAAAGCAGUGCUUUCAGAGAAGUCCAAGUCAGCAACCUUGAAUUUCAAGGUGUGCAAGAACAUGGUCUCAAUAAUGUUCCAACGCCUCGUGGAAGAUGCGGAUGCGUCCGGUAAAGAGUUCCAACAGGCGCUCCUACAAACAAUCACUGUAUUCGCAAAAUCGAACGCGAGGCUGUUCAGUCCUGAUCAGUUGGAAGCGUUGCAUCCAUACAUCGGCCAUCUUGCUACCGCCGAUGAUCUGUUUAUCUUCAGAUCCGUUGUGGUGAUUUACCGAUGUGUUUUACCAUUUCUCUCCUCGUCCCACAACACCCUUUUAAAAGAAGUACAAAAUGAUCUCUUCAAGAGUGUCGCUAAACUCGCUCGUUCAGAGCUGAAUGAGGUCAUGGCAUGCUUAUGGACGAUCAACAGUGUUUUGCAAAACACAGACAGAUUGGUCAAACUAACCAUGUCUGUGUUGAAGCCGUUGCAACAAUACAAGAGUGUUGACCUGACAUUGGAGAAGCACUCGGAUGUUUUAGCUCGCGCCAGGAGCUACAUUCGGAUCGCCGGUUGCGUGGGUCGGCACUGCGACCUUGAGAAGUAUGCCAAUCACUUCAAAAACUCGUUCCAAACUUGGAACGGUGGAACGGUGGCUAGUUUGAUGGUUGAUUCUAUCCUUCCUUUCACGUAUCCGAACCAGCCCCAUGAGCUGAGGGUCAUGGCUCUGGAGAGCCUAGGGUCGAUCUGUCAGUCUUGGCCAGCUCAAUUUGCACGCGAGCCUACUCGGAAGUCAUUUGCUCAAGUGUUCCAAGAAGAAGCGCCGGGUCUGCAAAACAUUGUUCUGCGAGCAUUUGCCGAAUUUUUCGCCAUCCAUGAGGGUAAAUCUGAGAAGGCUGUUCUGCCGGCCGCCGACCCUUCAUCUCAAGAGGAUUCCACUCGUCUUGGAGGAUCCUUAAAAGCCAGUGAUAAUGACGGCGCUGCUGCAUUGAUUGCCCAGAAUUUUCUACCGAGCAUGCUCAAAGUAGCCCAGUCACGACAGGACGCUUACUCUCUGACCGCAAUUGAACUGAUCGCGAGUAUCAACCGUCAAGGCUUGGUUCAUCCUAAGGAAUGUGCUGGUGUUCUCGUUUCUUUGGAAACCUCAACAGUGCCUGCCAUCGCUAAGGUCGCCUUUGAAACGCACAAAAUGCUGCACUCGCAGUACGAAUCUAUGUUCGAGCGCGAGUACAUGCGUGCUGUGCAGGAAGCAUUCUACUACCAGCGAGAUGUUGUGGGUGACUCUUCUGGGGCUUAUGCACGGCCUUUUGUUCCGAAGUUAGCAUCUCUCUUCGAGAUAGUCAAGAUCAGUAAUAGCCGUUAUCAGAAGAAGUUCCUCGCCAAUCUUUGCGGCAAAGUGAACUUCGAGCUGAAAAAGUUGAUACUACCGGGGACCCCCCGAGCACCUUCUUCUAUCACACAUCUUCCCACGCCCAUUGGGCCACCCGUAGUGGAAACCCCUUCUGGCAUGAUGGAAAUGCCAUCAAGCAUGCCUAUGUCGAUACCCAUGCCCAUGCCUGGGGCUCCUCCCGCGGCCCAAUUGGUCAACCCUGCUACUCUUCGGCUGUUGGCCACUGCAGCCGCCUCGUUAUCAAUGCUGUGGGAGGCCCGCACUUACCUUCGCCGUCUCUAUGGUAUCAAUUCCAAUGCCAAAGACAAAGACGGUAAGCCUGCCACGAAGGAGCUUAACAAGGCAGCGACAAAGGUCCACGGUAUCACCGGUGAUAGGCUUUGGGAGGCUGUCGCGAGAAAUAUGACUGCCCUGGAGAGCGAAGAAGCCAUGCUCAACAAAUGCCGCGAAUUCUCGACUUUGCUUGCGAUCGACGAGGAAUUCAAGGUUGAUCGCGGUGACGAGGAGGGUGACAGUCUAGAUGCCAUUGGAGAAGCCGAUGACCUGGACAGCGCUUCUCGCCCAAUGAAACGCAAAGGCUCUAUGUCGAAUGGCAGUGCCAGCAAGCGUCCAAAGAGCCGCAAGAGCUCUGUUGGGAAGAAACCUUCCAGCGCCGAACCUGACAAUGGCUGGGAUUAA